AUGUCACAGAUGCCGGUCUAUUUUAUCCGAUGCAAUCCGAGGUCGGUACAGACUCUCGCCCUGCAACAACAACAACAACAACCAACCGAACAACAAAUAUAUCAACAACAACAUCAACAACAACUACAACAACAACAAAUCUUCAACAAUCCCAACAUAUUCCACGUGCAAACAUCGACAGCGGUGCAAAUCGCAUUCGGCCCGGUCAGCCCGAUUUUUCACACCGGGGCCCUCUACGAUCCCAGAUACAUGGGCCCUAGCAGUUCCAAUCAUGGAGAUUUCAUCAUGUUGGGAUCGGCGGAUAGUGCCACUGGCGUUCCCGUACUACCGAACGAUCCAUGUUUUAUGGAUCCGGCAAAAUUUUUCACCCUAAAACCGAAGGGGGCCAACGGUUGUGGGGGGUAUGUUCUGGCAUCUGGGAACAGGACGGGGUUCAAGUUUUCACCCUAUUAA